AUGGCGAGCAAAGAGCAUACUCAUCCUGCCUAUACAACCACCACAGACAAUCCCAUCCCCAACAAUGAACAAUCCAACGAACCCCCCGACGGCGGCUACGGCUGGGUCUGCACCGUCGCGGCGGCCAUAAUCAACGCGCACUCUUGGGGCUUCAACUCGGCCUACGCCGUCUUCCUGGCCUAUUAUCUCGACAACGAGGUCUUCCCCGGCGCAACCCCCCUCCAAUACGCCUUCGUCGGCUCCCUCAGCCUCACCUGCCUCUUCCUGACCUCGCCCAUCGCCACCAUCGCCGUCCGCAAGGUCGGCCUCCGCCCCACGAUGUUCUGCGGCGUCGCGCUCGAAUCCGCCAGCCUCGUGGCCGCCAGCUUCGCCUCGCGCAUCUGGCACCUCUUCCUCACGCAGGGCAUCCUCUUCGGCACCGGCCUCGGCCUCCUCUUCAUCCCCACCGCCGCCAUCGUGCCGCAGUGGUUCACCACCAAACGCUCCCUCGCCAGCGGCGUCGCCCUCUCCGGCGCCGGCGCCGGCGGCCUCAUCUACUCGCUCUCCGCCGCGGCUAUGAUCCGCUCCCUGGGUCUGGAAACGGCCUUCCGGAUCCUCGCCAUCCUUGCAUUCGUGGUCAACACGAGCUGCACGCUGCUCGUCAAGGACCGUAGCCAGGAAAUAGGCGCCAACCAAGCAGCCUUCAAUACGUCUUUGUUCCGCAAACCAGAAUACCUCCUCCUCCUCGGCUUCAGUGCCUUCACCAUGCUCGGCUACUUCGUGCUCAUCUUCUCCCUGGCCGACUACGCCACCCAGAUCGGAUUGAACUCCACCCAGGCCUCGCUCGCCAGCGCCGUCUUCAACCUCGGCCAGGCCGUCGGACGGCCCCUCGCUGGGUACUUCAGCGACACGACCGGGCGAGUCAACAUGGCCACUGUCAUUACCUUUGUGGCAGGGAUCCUGCCGCUCGCGGUGUGGACGAGUGCGCAGAGCUACGGCGUGCUGAUGUUCUUUGCCCUCAGUGAAGGACUAGUGGCGGGGUCAUUUUGGGCCACGAUUGCGCCCCUGGUGGCCGAGGUGGUUGGGCUGAAGCAGACAUCGCAGGGCCUGAAUCUGUUGUGGUUGGCGAUUGUGGUGCCGUGUACGUUUAGUGAGCCGGUGGCGUUGGAGAUCUUUCAGGGGACGGGGAGUUAUUUGGGGACGCAGCUGUUUACGGGGUUUAUGUAUGUGGCAGCGGCGGGGUGUCUGUUGGUUUUGAGGGGGAUGGUUGGUACUGAUGAGUAUUGUAGUGGUCAGGGAGGGAUAUGGAGGAGGUGCUUCAGGUGGAAGAUUGUAUGA